AUGGACAUCGAAAGCAGUUCAAUGCCCGCUCUGGGAAGCACAAUGAUUGAUUGGUUUGGUUUGGUGCAUAAUUUAUCGCUACCACUGGUGAUAUUAUUUUUACUGCCGUGGAUGUAUGUGUUGCUGAUUUUAUCAUCUGUUCCGUACCUGCAUCUGUGCAACUUCUUUCGGUUGCGGUUUUGGAAGCACAUCCAUGAAGAUGAAUUCUGGAACCAUGCCCGAAGGAUGAUGGCCUUCGUUUGGCAUUUGCACAGUAAAGUGUUCCACGGAUACGAGGUGAUUGGGUUGGAAAAUUUGCCCGAAAAUGGACCUGCAUUGCUAAUCUAUUAUCACGGUGCAUUGCCCAUCGAUAUGUACUAUCUAACGGCCGCAACGAUGAUAAAACGGAAUCGUUUGAUCCACACCGUUGGUGAUCGGUUUUUGGAUCAAAUUCCUGGAUGGAAACUUGUCUCUAGAGUAAUGAAAGUUACGUCCGGUUCGGCACAGUCAUGCGUGGCUACGCUGCAUUCUGGAGAGCUAUUAUCCAUUGCACCAGGUGGAGUGUACGAGGCACAGUUCGGCGAUAAGUCUUACGAAGUUCUUUGGAAGAAUCGGACGGGCUUUGCAAGGGUCGCGCUAGAGGCGCAGGUGCCAAUUAUUCCGAUGUUCACGGUUAAUAUCCGCGAGUGUUUUCGUACGGUGUCGAUAGCAAAGUGGAUUUUUAAACGCAUAUACGAAGCGUUGAAAAUUCCCGUUCUUCCCAUUUAUGGUGGAUUUCCAGUCAAAUUACGUACGGUGUUAGGGAAGCCGAUCCCCUAUGAUGGCUCGCUUACUCCAGCAGCUUUGCAACAAAAGAUCGCCAGUGCUAUCGCAAAUUUAAUUAGUGAACAUCAGCGAGUCCCUGGUGAUAUACUGCAGGCGAUCGGAGAUCGUUUUGAUACAGAUAACAUUUCUAAAAAAGCCGCAAGAUGUUAGUUGAUGAGUUGUUGUUUAUUAAAUAACUAUUAUAUAUGUUUGGAAAUUGCAAUACUCAGAAGGAUUUUGUAAUGCGACUAAUAAAUUGUGUGCUUAUUGUUAGCUAUGCUUAUUGACAUUCAAAACUGUUUUCAACUUAAUAACGGCUACUUUGAAUUUGUUUUACAAUUCCGGUUGCUAUAAUUGAGUUGACAUAUUG